AUGCUCCUGCGCAGCACGGCGCGGCUGAACAGCCUUCACAGUCGCCGCCGCUGGGAACAGCGCAUUGCGUCGGUACUCUCGCAGCAGGACGGGGCGAAGGUGGACGCCGUCGCCCAGCGCUUCACACGCAUCUACGCAGACCGCCGCUACACACCUGUUGAGGAGGCCUUCCCGCUCCGAGACACAGCCCGGUGGGCAGGUCUUCCAAACACAGAUACCGCUCCUGCAACAAGCAGUGUUUCACAACCAGCUAACGCUCACAUACUGAAGGUGGCGUUGCUUGGACCUCAAAACUCUGGCAAAACAUCUUUACUUAAUGCUCUUUCUUUGAGUCAUAUUGGUGCUGUGUGUAAUCGCAGUGGCAGUACAAAAGACUGGAUUAAAGGUGUGGCUACUGUUCAUAAUACACAACUGGUAAUGCUUGAUACCCCAGGUGUUGUGAUUGUGAAUGGUGAAAAGGAUCGUCGAAGACAUGCCGCACCUUCUGCACGAGCCUGGGAUGCUCUAAUGGUAACAGACGUUGUGCUUCUCACAAUUCCUGCUGGUCUUGGUUUUGUUGAACCUGAGCAAAAGAGAAUUGCCCGAGAAGUAGUACAUCGUGCUUCACUUAGAAAAAUGCCUGUUAUACUGGUUAUAACCAUGAUGGAUAAGGUACAGACUCCUAAACAUCGUGAACUCUAUUUUUCAAUGCGUACCGAUUUUGAAUCUUUGUCUUUACCGAUUGCAGCAUCUCAUGAAACAAGUGUUAAGGGUGGUACAGGGCUUGUAGAACUAAAAGAUUUUCUUUGCAGAUAUGCCUCACCAGGUGAUUGGGAAUGCUUUCGACAUGAAUCAACAGAUAUUGCUCCUGUAGAUCGUGUUACAGAACUUUUAAGACAGUGUUUUUUUGAAGUUUUACCUCAUGAAGUUCCACAUCAAAUGCGUCAUCGUAUUAUUGGAUGGACACGGAAAGAUUCUGGUACAACGGAAGUCAUUACAGAAGUUUUUUUUGAUAGACCUUCCUAUAUGUUUACCUUCUACGCUAAAUUAGAGGCAAUAUGCUAUCGUGCUCAGCGUAUUGUAGAACGUGAAUUAAAAGGACGGUAUAGGUUUGUUUUCCAAGCUUUUAUUGCUCCAGGAGGUAUUUCAUCCCGAUAA